AUGGCAGCCGCAUACGUGUUUGGUUUUCUGCUUGUCUUUGGACUGGUUGGGGCUUUCCACCCAAUCCUGAGGAAUGAGCAACCAGCUUUCAUGGAAGACCUGCGCGGGGUCAGCACUUACAUCCAGCCCUGCCGCCUGCAGAAUUCGCAGCAGAAGAACCUGGACUACACCGGAGUCAGAUUCACAGUCAGCGGUUACGGACGUACUGACGACUUGUGGAACGGUGGAGCCGCUUCCGAGAUCCUAUUGUGGGUGCACCUUCGCGGCAUCACCAACGAGGAGUGCCGCCGCUGGUACGGAGGCAGCCCCAUUGUUCAGGACCAGACCAUCUGUGCUGAGUACUACAAUAACACCGCUCAGUCUUCCUGCCAGGGUGACAGCGGCGGUCCCCUGACGAAGGUGGAUGUGGACGGCCAGCCCACCAUGGUCGGCAUCGUCAGCUUCGGCUCCAGCCAAGGAUGCAACAGCCCUUGGCCUUCAGCGUACGUGCGCCCCGGCCACUACCACGACUGGUAUGUGUCGGUGACCGGCAUCAACUUCGACUGGAGGAACGAGGACCUGCUCCCUCCCGCCUCUUCUGAAGAAGACAGCUCCUCUAACUCAUCUGAUGACUCAUCUGAUGACUCGUCCUCAGACUCCUCCUCGUCAAGUUCCUCCGAGGAAGCAAAGAUGGAGCCCAUCUUCGUCAACGCUUAGUUUUAAACUUGCAAUUGUCAACCAGUGAGAGAUUAAGAAUCGGCAAUAAAUCCAAUACAUUUAGGUCA